UAAGUCUAUUUUUCUCGUAAAUAUUUUAAAAGUGUAAUAUAUGACAGCCAAAAAUUGCUGAAUUCUUCAUUUCUGCCCUUGUGUUUCAAGAGAGAAUACUUUCCAUCCAAAUGGAGAGAGAUCUGGGUUCAUAUCCCAGUAGGGGCUUAAGAUGAUGCAUGCAAUAUUUUGUUGUUUUAUUUUCUAAUAACAAUAAAUUAAUGAUAAAGAAAUUAAUUUAGUAAGAGUUUUAACAUGUAAUAAUACUAUAGUAUUCAUAUAAUGAGUGGAUUUUAGAAUUAGUCAUGUCUUGAGUUUGUUUGUCAUUAUGAACAUUUUGUCUUAUAUCAAAUUUUUAUAAGUGACAUAAUACUUAAAUUUAGAUUUGAUAAAAGAAUAUUAUGUUUAUAAUUAGGUGCUACGAAAAGCUGUUCAGGAUCUGAUUUUGAAGGAGAUCGAGGAUGAGGUUUUCCUACUUUCAUCCAGAAAUGUUGCCUUGUCUAGUGUUCUUAUUCGAUAUCGCAGCAUUGAAAGCUUGUUUGAGAAUGGAGAACAUCUGAUCAAGGAGAUCAUUAGUGAAAUGUCAGAAAGACUUCCAUUCUUGUUUCGUAUCAUGGCAACCAUUGCUACUGGGGGCAAGGAGCUGCAAGGGACAAAAAUGGCCCCUGUAGCUACAGCAUAUGCAGUGCUAAUGAACGCACAUUCUGACAAGUUGUCGGCAUGGCAUAGGAUGACCACCAUUGUGGCCAUAAAAGGUCAUCUGGAAGAUUCAGCGUUAACAAGAUUCAACCGCCUUGGUGUUACCAUGUCCACAACAACUAAGCUGCGGUUGUUGGAUGAAGCCAGCAGUAUCAUGGACAAGGGCAUCGUAAGCCGAUUGCAGAAGUCCCCAUUAGUCAAGAUAACUGGUGACAACUUGGAUAUGUACAUUAAAACAGGCCAGCAAUCUCUAGAGAAGUCAAAUAGAGACCUUCAUCUGUUUGCCUCUAAUGUACUGUUCAACAGGAUUGCCAGUCCAGAUAAAUACAGUUUGGUGCCCACUCGAACACCACUGACAGAUCUGAAUGCAGAAAUGUUUCUCCUGAGUGGCAAUUACCGGAGUACGCUUGUGAACAGCUACUCUGUAAUACUUGGAAGAAUUCUUUGUGAGCUAAAAGCUUUCUCUUGGAUGGCAAAUGCAUUGCCAGAUCACAUUCACCACCCAUAUCAGCAUGAAAUGAGUCUGAAGUCAGACAUAUUCCAGCUGCCAAUUAUGAUGAAAAACGAAGCCAAACAUGAAGAUUGUGUUGACAUUCUGGACACUUAUGAGGCAGUUCUCAGUGAUUAUUAUCACAAGGCUUUUGGCUCAGAGGAUGUUCUUCACAAGUUUGGUGUCACCGUUGGUGGAGACCAAUUGACAAGAGUUCGGCUUGAAGAAGCCAAAAACCUCCGUGCAUUGGCUACUACACCCAACAAGCGAUUUGAGGACCUGCACCCAUUUGUAAUUGAGUUGUGGCACACAAAGCAAGAUUUUUUGGAGAAAUGCUUCAAAGCACUGUACAGUGCCUCUAGUGUACGCCAGCCUGGUACGCUCUAUUAUUUCAAGUCCAAUCUGCAGCGCACAGAUAUCAACGGAAAGGUGAAGGGAGGCUUCAAGGCACACCAUGAAUUCCUGUAUCUUGUCGGAACAGCUAUGGUUACUGAGCAGUUCCUUCAAUAUUUUGGUAUGGAAAAUGUUGAGUCGGAACCAACCAAAAACAUGCCCAUUAUGAAAAAAAAUCUUUCAGAUAGGCGCAUUCAAGUAUUUGAAAUGAUGGAAAAAUUUAUUGCAGAGUUUGGAUAUUUGAAAAACUGUACUGAUGCAGAUGCACAAGAAAAUGACAGUGUAUUCAAAUAUUGUUCUAAUCUUUGUCACUGGGUUGUCCUUUUGUUGAACUUUGAGGAUGUUGUACGGGAGGGAGACUUACAAAGAAUUGUGCCUUCUGUCAUGUACAUGAUGCAGUUCUUCUUGUCUCAUUCAAAGUUAUCAAAAUACUUUGAGGAAUGUCUAGACUUUGUUAUGAAAUGUGAGUUUUUAUUGAGUCCUUUAGACAGAGUCCGUGUUUUAGAAGGCGCAUUUGCAAAUCUGCGAGGUGGUAUUGGCAAGAACAUUGAAAGUGAUCUUGUGCAGGAAAAUUCAGUAAGAAAUCAGAAAGAUCUUAUAAGAGCUCUAGGUGCUAACAAAACAGACCAGGCAAUAUUGAGAGCAACAAGGAGUAUUUGCAGCCAAAUCUCGUUUAUUGUAAUAGAGAAUGGCAUGGCUCUGUUGACCCCUUCUACCAGCCCGGCCUAUCUCCUGCAGGUAUUGAGCUAUGCUGGCCGGUGGCUUGGCAUGGAUGAUUCUUGUUACACAUGGGGGAUCAAAACCCAUGCCAGCCACUGA